GUGAAGGCGUCAUCAUCCAGGGCUUUACAAUCGAUAUCAGACUCAUCGAACAACAGGAACUGCAGCAUGAGAGAAAAAAAGGUGUUUUGUGUAUGAAGUUAGUUAGCUAACGCUAACUUUAAAUACUGUGAAAAGAAACACUUAAUGCGAAUAUUUGCAAACGGAAACAUUGAUAUAGUGUUCGAUAUCCACCGAAACGAGUCAUCCUGAAGUGAUCGGCCGCUUUCUCUGAGAGUCAGACAGGAUGGAUCCAGCUCUACUUAGGGAGCGGGAGCUGUUCAAGAAGAGAGCUCUAUCCACUCCAGCAGUAGAGAAGAGACAGGCUUCAUCAGACUCUGGAUCACAUAAGAAGAAGAAGCCCAAACUUGAAAAGGAGAGCUCCUCAGGGUCCAAACACAGUGCAGAGUCUAGUAAUGGCAGCUUCAACAUCAAGGCGAGUUCUGGGUACAAGUUUGGCUGCCUCGCCAAGAUAGUCAAUUACCUGAAGACCAGGCAUCAGAAUGGUGACACACACUUCCUGACCCUGGAGGAGAUUCUGGAUGAGACUAAACUUCUUGACAUCAGUAUGAAACAGAAACAGUGGCUUAUGACAGAGGCAUUGGUCAGCAACCCAAAAAUUGAUGUCCGUGAUGGAACUUAUGGAUUCAAGCCAAAGUACAACCUGAAGGACAAGAAAGCCUUACUGAGGUUGCUGGACAAACACGACCAGCUGGGCCUGGGAGGGGUGCUGCUGGACGACGUGGAGGAGGGACUGCCAAACUCGGCCAAGGCCAUUAAGGCUUUGGGGGAUCAGAUCAUCUUUGUGACAAGACCAGAUAAGAAGAAGAUCCUUUUCUACAAUGACAAACACUGCCAGUUUACUGUAGAUGAAGAAUUCCAGAAACUUUGGAGGAGCGUUCCAGUUGAUUCCAUAGAUGAAGAUAAGAUUGAGGAGUACCUAAAGAAACAAGGCAUCUCCUCCAUGCAGGAAACGGGACCAAAGAAAGUGGUGAUACCAGUUCAAAAGAGGAAGAAGCAAGGUGGACAAAGGAAGAGACUCAAGACUCACAACAACCAUUGGCAGGGGUCCUGGAGGGACUACUCAGAUGGUGUUCCUGUGAAGAAAUAAAAUUAUUUCCCUCAGUGUGUCUCACCCUCUUAGGGAAGAUGUAGAAUCUGUAAAUCCGAAACGGCUCCCUAACAAAACCCUGGGCACACUGCGAUACAGACGUUUUCAUGAGUGUUUGUUUGUGUCAAACCAACUAGCUUCUUUUCCUUUCUUUGCACUCCUUCUAGUGAUCAGUGAUCUUGUAUUAUAUGGAGUGAAGAGCAACGUGUUGUGGAAUCCUUUUUUUUGUUUAACGAUCAGUGAGACCUGAAGGACAGUGGAGGAAAAGAGUAAUAAGACCAUUAAAGACACUAAAUCCCCUAACCAAGACCAUUCUCAAGUGGGGUGCUGCAACCUUAUUGUUACAGUGAGGUAAGGUUACGGUGUGUAAAUACUUUCAUUUUAUUCAGUAUUUCGCGAAGAGGUGUGUGUAAGGUUUAUUUGACAGGGCAGCAGUCCUCAUCUGAUGGCCACCUUCAGUCCUUUUAAAAGGGACUGCAGAAGACGGGAUUGUGUUGUGCAGUGCAUCACAUAGAGGUAUUUCAUCCAACGUAAAACAUCUUUGACAGAACUGCCUGUGAAAUUUGAAAUAUUUGAAUCCUUUCACUUUUUAGCCUGAUUGCAGAAUAGUUUUAAAUGCAAAUCUUUUUUGAAUUUAUUUUAAUAAAUGAUACUGUUGCAGGA